AUGGUCAAUUGGAAGGUUGUACACUACUUGAGCUACAUAGCAGUGCUGUUCUUUGCGCUGGAGCCAUCGUACAUCCAUCCGGAUGAACAUUUCCAAUCGCUAGAGGUACUAACACACCAAUUGUUGAACUAUUCUACGAAUAUACCGUGGGAAUUCGAUCCAGCAAGCCCCAGUAGAAGUAUUUCACUACUCUACCUUGUGUAUGGACCCCUGCUAUGGCUGAACAAACACUGGCUACACUUUAGGCCUCUGGCAUUGAUGUAUAUGGCUCGUCUACAACUGGUCACAACUUACUUCAUAACGGUGCAGAUCGCCACGAGUAUACUCUGCGAGACGAAACAAGAGGUUUCGAAGACCCUUUUCUUCAUAUUUACGUCAUACAUCACUUGGACGUAUCAAUCGCACACUUUCUCAAACUCCAUCGAGACCCAGGUGUUACUGCUGACACUGUGCCUGAUCCAUCUGUUAAGACAGAGUGAGAAGUCGAAAGUCAAAUACCCACACUACAGAGUCUCUCUGCUGAUGGGAGCUCUAAUUGCCAUUGUGACAUCAUUGGUGUUGAUAUACUUCGACACUGUGCUAUUCCAGUCAGAUGAGUAUGUCAUCACUCCAUUGAACAACCUGAUAUACAACUCUCAGGUGGAGAACCUUGCCAGACAUGGAUUACACCCAAGGUAUACACACAUCUUGGUGAACCUCCCCCAGAUCAUUGGACCGGCUAUCAUCCCAUUCUUCUUUAGAAACCAUUACAAGGCCUCCAUACCAUACCUGUCAAUCUUUUCAGGGCUGCUGUUUCUUUCCAUUGUGCCACAUCAAGAACUCAGGUUCCUUACACCACUGGUACCUCUCAUCUGCAUCUGUAUUGACUUCACAAACUUCGAAACACCAAGGUUUGUCGAAUUGAUUAUGACUCUAUGGUGUAUCUUCAACAUAGCUCUGGGUAUAGUUAUGGGUUCACUACACCAAAGAGGUGUUAUUGAGUCAUUGGAUCAGCUUUAUAAAACGGGCUACCACGGUUCGCAAGUCUGGUGGAGGACAUAUUCACCACCAACAUGGCUCUUGGGGAACGAGGACUUGACAAUUGCAACUCAAGUGCCUCCAUACGAGUUUGGAGAUCUACUGAUUGAUCUAAUGGGAUGUGAAGUUGAUCAACUCGUGUCUACAUUGGCACAAUUACAGGAUACGCUUUUGAUAACACCGCGUUCUUCACUACCACUUCUGGAAUCCAUUGACAAUGAACACCUCAACCUCGAGCUCGUUUGGAGUUAUAAAUGGCACUUGGACAUGGAUCAUUUUGACAUUUCAGAUUUGAGAACGUUCCAUCCAGGUAUUGACAUCUACAAGGUUGUGUAUGGUAUUUGA